AUCCAAGUCUAUCGUGUUCAUCUGGAAAUGAAUCCAUGAGAGAUCGAACUUCGCUGUGUCGUUUGCUCGAUAUCGAAUAAUCCAAACCCCUUCGCUUUGUUUCACAAGAUAAACCCUAAUUUCUUCACCGGGAAAGUCACCGGAAGAUGUCGAAUUACGAAUCUCAGAUCUAUCACGAGCGACAACGAUUGCAAUUCUGCCUCUUGCACGCCCUUAACAAUCUAUUUCAGGACAAGGACGCAUUCACGCGGGAAAACUUGAACUCAAUCGCGGAGGAGCUCGUUGCCGAUGAUCCGAACAAAGAAACGUGGACGCCUCUCUCUUUGCUCCUCAAGCCUCACCACAACACGCUCACCGGAAACUACGACGUAAACGUGAUGAUCGCAGCUCUUGAAGGCAAAGGCAAGAGUGUCGUUUGGCAUGAUAAACGUCUUGGAGCUUCUUCGAUUGAUCUUGAUUCGGAUACUCUAAUGGGUAUCGUGUUGAAUGUUCCGGUGAAGCGAUAUGGUGGACUUUGGAGAAGCAGACAUUGGGUUGUGAUGAGAAGAAUCAAUGGAGUCUGGUAUAACUUGGACAGUGAUCUCGUUGUGCCAAAGCCGUUCAAAGACGAAGAUGAAUUUAGGGGGUUCUUGGAUCAAAAUCUGAGUUCAGGUGCAGAGAUUUUGCUAGUGAACAAUGCUUAAAUAUCAACAACCCUCAAGUCUCAAGUAAGGUAUCUGCAAUCUCUAAAAGGAACAAAACGGUUAAAUGCAAACACUAGACCAGUAACUUCUGCUAAGCAAUCCUCAGUCAAGGGACCGUAUGGUAAGAAUCCGGGAUGCACAACAAGCUGUGGCUUGAGGCUACCGAGGAAAACAGAAGUUACUGCAGCAAGACUGAUCAACCAUCUCAGCUCUAAAUUUGUCAAGGGGUUACGUCUAGUGGUGAUGAGGAAGAAGAAGAAGAAGAGAUCUCCACCAUCGAAGGCUUCUUCCACCGGUAGAUCUCAGACUUCGGUUAUCUCUGUCGCUAAUGAUAAUACCUGUAGAUCAGAGGCUAUAGAAGACUGCAUACAGUUCAUAAACUCAUCGACCUCGUUCACACGAUCAACUUCUGCCACUGGCCGUACAUCUUGAGUUUUUAGUCAUGCCCAUGAAUUUUCGAAGAUUCUCGU